AUGGGUGGUGCUUUGGAAAGAGCAUUGCCCCUGGCAUUGGCCGUCUUCUGCGGUGUCGCUGGUGGCUUCUACACCUUCCAGCCCAUGUUGACGCCAAAGGAGCCACAGAAAACUGUACAUGUUACAGCGCAAACAACCGACUCUAAUGGAGCGGAUGCCAAAGCCGAUGAAACCAAAGCACGAGCUGCAAAGCCUUCAUAA